GUGAGAGGGACUCAGCAUCACACACAGGCAGUACUUUCUUCCCAGGGAAACCUUGCUCUGCUUUCCCCUUGGAGAGAGCCCCUUUUCAUAAAACUAGCUGAAGGCUCCUAUUCAGUGGAGCUGUGAAAGUCCCAUUAAACGCUGCUGCCUGCUCUUUACAGCUGCUGCUUCUUCCAUCUCUAAAAGACUUCUGAUCUGCAACGCUCUGUGAUUUCCUACAUUAAAUAUAUUUGUAUAGAUUUGAGGCUGCCCCUUCAUUUUAUAUGGGAAGGACAAACAAGACUGCCCAUUCCUAGAGGCGGUCCCCUGCAGCCACUACCUUCCUGAUAACUUUAUGAAUGAGUGUGACAGUGACAUCUUGCUGUUGCUGCUGCUGCUACCAGCGUCUUAACCCUGGAGUCUCUAUCCCUUUAAGACACAUGCCUCUUGCUUUAUUGCUAACAUAAGACAAAAAAGGAAGAUUAUCUACAUUAGGAUCGAUCUAUAUUUAAGGACUUGGAGAAAAAAACAUGGAUUUCCCUAAUGCUGUACAGUAAGUGCAGAGCUGGUCUCCAUCGUUUGCAAAUAAAAUCAAAAUAAACUGAAUAUUUCCAUUUGUUCCAUUCUACGCUUUGUAACAUUGUAUCCACUGAGUUGACAAACAUUCAUCAGUAAAGUUUAUAAACAAAUUUGUUUCUAAAAAUACUUUCCUUGCAAAAUCUUCUCCAGCUUCUGAAGUGACUGCUUUGUUAGCACAAAUGCCUGCACUAAAAAUACAGCUGAAGCUGUAGGAAUUUUUGACAGACAUUUUUAACUUUCUGCUGCUUUCUACAAAAAAAAAAGAAAAGAAAAAAGGAACAAAAUUGCAGUUUUGACAUAUGGAUGUAAUUUUUCUCCUGUGAAAUAGGCAGAUGUAUAAAGUACAAACACAUGCAGCCUUGUGACUGGCAAAUAUAUUCUGCUUGAAUAUUCACUUACUGGUGGUAGCCUCCUGGCAAGCAAAUCCAGUGAUAUGACAUGACCUGGAGGGGCGACUGGGCUACCGAGCUAUCUGCCUCUCUGGCCAAGUGGAACCUAAAAUAUUUGUCGCAGAGGGUCUUCUCCGAUCUCAAUUAGAAAUAUUUUGGAUGCAGGCUAAAUUACCUUGGAUAUGGGAUCAAAACUGGUCUGCUACAGUCUGAGUUUGAUUCUCUGCUGUAUAGUGUUGAGUUCUGUGUAUGCCCUGGUGGAUGCAGAUGAUGUUAUCACUAAGGAAGAACAGAUUUUACUUUUAGUAAAUGCGAAAGCAACGUGUGAAAGGCACCUGAAAACUAAAGUGUCUAAACAGAAAGAUGGUUUUUGUCCUUCUCAGUGGGAUGGUAUUGUUUGCUGGCCUGAAGGGACCCCUGGAAAGGUCGUAUCUAUACAGUGUCCUGAAUACAUCUAUGAUUUCAACCACAACGGUCAUGCGCAUCGACGGUGUGACAUGAACGGUAGCUGGGAGCUGGUCCCGGGGAACAAUCGCACUUGGGCAAACUACACAGAAUGCACCAAAUUCCUCACCAAUGAAACUAGGGAGAAGGAAGUCUUUGAUCGUCUGUUUUUGAUAUAUACUGUCGGAUAUUCUAUCUCCCUUGGAUCAUUGACAGUUGCUGUACUAAUUCUGGGAUACUUCAGGCGACUGCACUGCACAAGGAACUAUAUCCAUAUGCACCUCUUUGUUUCAUUCAUGCUGAGAGCUGUCAGCAUUUUUGUAAAGGACGCCGUGCUGUACUCUGGAUCAGCUUUGGAGGAAAUGGAGCGCAUUUCUGAAGAAGAUUUGAAAUCAAUUACAGAGGUCCCUCCAGCAGACAAGGCACAGUUUGUGGGAUGCAAAGUAGCAGUUACUUUCUUUUUGUAUUUCCUAACAACAAACUGCUACUGGAUUCUUGUAGAAGGACUUUAUCUUCACUGUCUCAUUUUCAUGGCUUUUUUCUCAGACAAAAAAUAUCUCUGGGGAUUUACGCUAUUUGGUUGGGGUGUUCCAGCUGUGUUUGUUAUGAUAUGGGCCAGAGAGAGGGCUACUAUUGCUGAUACCGAAUGCUGGGAUUUGAGUGCCGGUUAUUUAAAAUGGAUCAUACAGGGGCCUAUUUUAGCUGCUACAAUGGUAAAUUUUAUACUUUUUCUGAAUAUUAUUAGAGUUCUAGCCACCAAGCUACGGGAGACUAAUGCAGGAAGGUGUGAUAGCCGGCAACAGUACAGGAAGCUGCUUAAAUCAACUCUUGUGCUGAUGCCGCUCUUCGGAGUUCACUAUAUAGUGUUCAUAGCACUGCCGUAUACUGAAGUGUCAGGGAUUCUUUGGCAGAUUCAAAUGCACUAUGAAAUGCUCUUCAACUCUUUCCAGGGAUUUUUUGUUGCAAUCAUAUACUGCUUCUGCAAUGGAGAGGUACAAGCAGAGAUUAAGAAGUCGUGGAGCAGGUGGACACUGGCACUUGACUUUAAAAGGAAAGCAAGGAGUGGGAGCACCACAUACAGUUAUGGACCAAUGGUCUCCCACACCAGCAUUACUAAUGUAACCACAAGAGGGCCUCUCGCUCUACAUCUCAACACUAGACUUGUAUCUACUGCCAUUAAUGGCCAUAGGAACUUGCCAGGUUAUGUAAAAAAUGGCUCUAUUUCUGAGAACUCUAUACCUUCUACUGGUCCAGACCAGUAUAACAAAGAGGAGGAGUACCUCAAUGAGACUGGACUCUACAAUGGGGAGAGGCUAAGUCCUGCAGCUGAAGAAAAAAGGGAAACCGUAAUGUGAAUGUUCUUCUGGGCAUCUGGACAGGAAGUGCAAGUGGACACACAAUGAUUUUCAUUAAGAAUUUUAUUUAGUGGACAGGUGGAAACAAAACGAGCUGGAGUUCAAUGUAAGAUGAAGUCAACACGUGUCUUUGUCUUUGUUGCCUGCUUCCCAAGUGGUAAUGAAACCUUUGUUCCUUAAGAGAAAAUCUUUAGUCUGUUCUGAACAAUAAAGAAAAUCAGUCACAAAA